GAAAGGUCAAUCCACAAGUUUGGGGGUCGCUCCUAGGACACGAACCGCGCCGCAGCCUCAGGAGGGCUGCAGGAGAGCCGAGACCAGGCGCGUCUGGCCCCCUCGGGUGGCAGCGACCGGGCACAGAGGCUCGCGCGCUGGGAGCAGCGUGGCGAGGACCCGGAGCCAGGGAGCCGGUGAGCGCCGGGGGCCCCCGCCCUCCCCGACCGGCCGCUCCUCCCCUGGGUGGGUCCCCGCGCCUUUUCUGGCGGGGUCUAUUUGCAUAGAGGGAACUGCCCGCAGUGGCCGCUGCGUUGGAGCGGGCGGCGAGGGGGGCGUGAGCGAUCCGCGGCCGCCGGGACGCCGAUCCCCGCAGCCGCCGACCUGGAUUCGCCCCGGGCCGCAGCGCCGACGCAGAACCGGCUGGACGCUAUGGGCGCGGGCGAGCGCCCGGCGGGCGGGGGAGGCGUGCAGGACCCCCGCGCGGGCUGCGGGGCCCGGGUGCUGGGCGCGCUGUGCCUGCUGCUGUCGGUGGGCUCGGCCGCUGCCUGCCUGCUGCUGGGCGCCCAGGCGGCCGCACUGCACGGCCGAGUGGCGGCGCUGGAGCAGGAACGCGAGCUGUGGCGGCGUGCGGGGCCGUCCGGAGCCCUGACCACCUGGGCCGAAACGCACCUGGAGCGCCUGCUGCAGGAGAAGUUGGAUGGAGUCGCCAAGCUCCGGACAGUUCGGGAAGCCCCCUCCGAGUGCGUCUGUCCCCCAGGUCCCCCUGGACGGCGUGGCAAACCUGGACGCAGAGGUGACCCAGGUCCUCCAGGGCAAUCAGGACGAGAUGGCUACCCGGGACCUCUGGGUCUGGACGGCAAGCCAGGACUUCCAGGCCCCAAAGGGGAAAAGGGUGCACCAGGAGACUUCGGCCCGCGGGGAGCCCAAGGGCAAGAUGGAGCUGCAGGACCUCCUGGGCCCCCUGGACCACCUGGGGCCCGAGGCCCUCCUGGUGACACUGGGAAAGACGGCCCCAGAGGCGCUCAAGGCCCAGCGGGUCCCAAAGGAGAACCUGGACAAGAUGGCGAGAUGGGCCCCAAGGGACCUCCAGGACCCAAGGGGGAUGAUGGGAUGCCCAGCCAGCCAGGACUCCCUGGACCCCCGGGGCCCAAGGGUGAGCCAGGGGAUGUGGGGCCCCAAGGAGAGAAUGGAGCGGACGGUGCCCCAGGACUGAAGGGGGAGCCCGGCCACCCAGGCCCAGAUGGAGCCACAGGGCCCCGGGGUCCCCCAGGCCUCAAGGGAGAACAAGGUGACACAGUGGUAAUCGACUAUGAUGGCCGGAUCUUAGAUGCCCUGAAGGGUCCUCCUGGGCCACAGGGAGCUCCGGGGCCACCAGGGAUCCCUGGAGCCAAGGGUGAACUUGGAUUGCCUGGCGCCCCAGGAAUCGAUGGAGAGAAGGGUCCCAAAGGACCAAAAGGAGACCCAGGAGAGCCUGGGCCAGCUGGGCCCAAAGGGGAAACAGGAGAGAUGGGCCUGUCAGGCCUUCCGGGUGCUGAUGGUCCCAAAGGAGAGAAAGGAGAGUCAGCAUCUGACCACCUACAAGAGAGCCUGGCCCAGAUCAUAGUGGAGCCAGGACCCCCAGGUCCUCCUGGCCCCCCUGGCCCCAUGGGCCUUCAGGGGAUCCAGGGUCCCAAGGGCCUGGAUGGAGCCAAGGGAGACAAGGGUGCAUCGGGCGAGAGAGGCCCUCACGGCCUGCCUGGACCAGUCGGCCCACCGGGCCUUAUUGGGCUGCCAGGAACCAAAGGAGAGAAGGGCAGACCUGGAGAGCCAGGACUCGAUGGUUUCCCUGGACCCAGGGGAGAAAAGGGCGACCGGAGUGAACGUGGAGAGAAGGGGGAGCGAGGGGUUCCUGGCCGGAAAGGAGUGAAAGGCCAGAAGGGAGAACCGGGCCCACCAGGCCUUGACCAGCCCUGCCCUGUGGGCCCUGACGGGCUGCCCGUGCCUGGCUGCUGGCAUAAGUGAUCCUCAGACAUGGCUCCCAACCUGUACAGAUCCGUUUGGAUGUUUUUAACUUGUGUAAAAAAAACAAAACAGUAAUAUAUUGAUCUUCUUUAUGGGAUGUGCCAACGGUGGCCUUGUAACAUUUGAGAGUGUGCCAACCAGCCUCCGGACAACCUGCACAGGAAGCCAGCAGGAAAGCAGACAGACAGGCCGCUCUGGGGAAACUCGUGCUUAAAGGGGCCCCCGGCAGGGCCUGCCUUUCCUAGAGAAGCUGACGAAGGUGAAAAUGCCUGGCUCAGAUGAGGCUGGACAGACUCCGGGUUGGGCCUGCAAUCACCUGAUUAGCAGAGACACACAACUGUUCCCUGAAGCCCCACUGCUCGGACUUCUCACUGUCCAACAAGACCCCCUUGGACAACUGCUGUACCUUCUUGCCUCUGGACCCGGCCACGGGCAGCUGCAUUGGGACCCUGUGUUCAACAGGGCAGGCGAAGAUUCCUAGACUCCAGCACUUGGGAAGAAGGUGAUGGAAAGGAGCCCAAGAGGGCCUUGCUCUACCCAAGCUCAGCAGGCUUCCAGAAGCUACCUGUCACAGGAGCUUGUAACCUUGGGCCUCGGGAAAUGGCAGGGCUCUGUGAAUACCUCAGUGUGGAGCCAGCUGCAGGCAGCUCAGUGACCCCUGACUGUAGGGUAAAGAGACCCAGAUGCAUUAGUUGCUACUUCCGGUCUCCUUAUCACCUCACCCAGAGCAGGUACAGAAGGAGGCUUUGUCAGCCCUGAGGAGAUAUGCCUCCUGCUCAGAACUUGGGUCUCACUGACCCCAAGUCUCCCACCUAGAACUCUGGUCAGCCUGGCAGAAACUGGCCUCGUAGGUGGUAGAGACACCGUGAACCCAAAGGCUGGUCCCUGCAAGCCUGAGCAAAACACCUGUGACAGAAACCCCUGUCCCCUGAGAAGGGGCUUCAACACCUCUAACAAAGGUUCCUAGCUACCCGCUCCAGCCACGGCCUCACAUCCCUCUCCGCGUAAAGGUGCCGUGAGGAAUAAACCACACACGUGUGUCUGGGUGUGCCUAUGCUUGCAGACUUCCCUGGUCACCUCCAGCUGAGUUCAUCCUGAUGGUUCCUGCUGAAGAGGAAACGGGGCUUUCCCUGGGGGCAGAGCCAUCCCAGAAUCCAGAGGAUAUAGUUCAGGGUUAGGAGAUAGGAGGGUAUAGGCUCAAGGCCUGGACCCACACAUGUCAGCAGAGUCCUGGGACCAGUCACAUGUCACAAAGUCCCUGUAUGCCCUUCUGCUAUGCUUGUGAAGCAAGGACACUCUAAACUUGUUGCCUCAAAAUAUUCAUUCUCUCGGUUCUAAGGAUUCAGAGGACCAGCUGGGUGGGUCUCUCUUGGACUCUUCCUCAUCUGGUGACUGGUGCCUGCCAGCUAGGAUCCCGAUGGCCAUGACACCUGCCUACCUAUGACCUGUUGGAAUGGCCUGGGCUUCCUCACAGCAUGGCAGCAGGAUUCCUAGAGAGCUGUGUCACCUUUUAUGAUGAAGCCUCCAAAGUCACAUACUGUCACUUGCUGCCAGAGUCAGAGGUUCAUCCCAAUUGAAGGGGAAGAAGACAGACCCACCUCUCAAUGAGCAAAGUGUCAAUGUCAUAUUUAAAUGAGAAAAUAUGGGAGAGUAGAUCUUGUUGUAGCCCUUCAAAAAUAAAACAAAAACAUCUUUUUCAUGUAGCCCAGGCUAGCCUUGAACUCACUAUGUAGCUGAGGAUAACCUUAAAUUUCUGACACCACCACCACCACCACCACCACCACCACCACCACCACCACCACCACCCUGCAGUCUCUACUUCCAAGUGCUGGAAUUACAGUUGUGCACCACCAUGCCCAUUUUUUUUUUUUUACAGUGCUGGGAAUCGAACCUAAGGCUUUAUGCAUACUAGGCAAGCACUUUACCAACUAAGCUACAUUCUUAGCCUUUGUUGUAGCAUCUUAAAUAAUGCCUCCUGCCACUCAUCUGUAGCCUGAGACAGUAAUGCUCACAAUUCAAAUGUGGUUCAGUAUAUUCAGCUUUGUGGAAUACACAGAGAGUCUAGAACAGGUCAGACACCCCAAGGUACCUGUGCUGGCUGUCCCCGCUGUAUCCUCUGCAAGUCCUAGUAGUAACCAGAGUCCUGCCUAGUGGGUCCAUGUCUUCCCUCUGUGUGUCCUUAGAACAACUUGAAGAGAGAUGCCCAGCCAACGUGCCCAUUUUCACAGAUGACAAAAGCACUUUCUCUGCACGCAGCAAAAAAGCAGUCUCUCUGGCCUCUUUCCUCCAAGGACUGGGCUCUACAGAACAGCACACUUACCAGACCAUACACAUAGAUUCCUUAGUUAGCAGAAGGGACCCAGCCACACACAGGUUAUGUCAAGUCCCUACCUCUGUCCCCCUGAGCAGCUGACAAUAAGUGGGCAGACCGUGCUCUCUGCCAGUUGACGGAAUCAACUGGGGAAACCAGAAAUAAAGAAAAAAAAAGAAGAAGAAGACAGAUGUAGUGGGCCAAAAUGGCCAAUGUGGCUCACUGGUGUCCAUGGCUGCUUUGGAGAUGCAGAAUAGCCUCCCCAGCCCACCACACACUACAGUUAGCGAUGCACUCCUCUCUCCACCUAAGAACUUGAUCUCCUCAUCAGUUCUGCAAAGAGAGGGGCUGCAGUGGUAGGUAUCACUAUGUCCAUUUUACACAUAGGAAAUCUGAAGCUCAGAGUGAGUAGUCAUCUACUCAGGAGUGAACAGCCAGACUGGAGUGAUAGGCGUGGGAUUGGACCCAUGCUCUUGGAAGUCACCUAAUUUAUCUUCCGAAUUGUUUGGCUGUGCAUGGAAUCUGUUGGGCAGUCCCUUGACAAUGGGUGGGCAUCAAGUAGAGCUUGGUAGAGGUGGAAAGCCAGUGUUCUCCGUUUCUCAGCCUGGCUGCAAUGGACCAUUCUUGGCCCACUGCUGCCCCCUUGUGGCCUCAUACCUUAUAUCCUUGCAAUUAGACAUACAAAGCCACUGAGUCCUAUGCCAGCCUGGAGUGAGGACAGAGAGAAUGACUUGUUCAAGGUCCCAGAUGAGACUCUGGGGAAUGCCCUGCCUCACCAAUAAGCCUCAAGGACUGAGAGGCCUUGGGUCUCCCUGGCAAGAGGGACAGUUCUCUCUAAGUCAUACAAUUCUAGAAGAGAGGAGUCUGUUUAUUGAGUCCUUGAGUGUUCCGUGUCCCAUGGCAACUAAAGUAACCACCAGGAUGGCUGUCCCCCUAGACAGAUGGACCUGAGGCUUGAGAGAAGCUGACUGACUCGAUUCCCAUCCUUAGAGGAAGCUUUGAGUUAUCACAGGAGUGGGGAACACUCCUGGCACGGAGUGGACAGAGUCAAGGUUAGCAUACACCUGAAAUCCUGGACACUCUCGUCCAGUGGUAAAGCUGCUCCCAGAGAAUGCCAGCUGAGAAAACUCUGCCCUAGAGUCAAGGGGUGGGGGCAGGGUACGUUUGCUUGCUUGUUGGGAAUGGGUCUCAAUAUAGAGCCUCGAUUGGUCUCUAACUGCCUCAGCCUCCCCAGGGCUGGUAUGACAGGCUUGCACCGCCAUGCUCCCCUCUACCUCCAAGUCUUGCUCACCCCUUCUCUCCUCUCAGUCUGUGCCCUCCUGGCCUGAAGGUCAGACGCCAGAAAAUGGACAGAGGACCUUUAGCCUGGGGCCAGGGGCAGGAAGGAAGAUGGACUCUUGGGUAGUUUUAUGGUUGAAAACAUGCAAUCCACUCAAUUUGGGAGAUGGAAGAAAGAGCUCUGUGGCUGGGUGGUGGUGACAGGAUGAGAAUGUACACAUGCCUCUGAAUUGUACCCUUCAAAAUGUUUUUUAUGUAUAUUUUACCACAAUAAAAACAAGAAAUGCAAGAAUAUAAAGUUCUUUAA